AUGGACACCGACGUCCUUACUAAGGUUCUUGGGAAAGGUAGCGAGGCAUUAGAAUAUUUAGGCAGCGAAAAUAAAGCGUUGGAUGACAAUGAAAGCGAUAGUAAGGAGGAUAUCGAGGAAUACGGUGUGUUUAAAGAUGUCUUUUACGGUGAUAUAGUUUUGACCGACUGUUUUUGCUCCUCAGAUGAAAACAAUGACCCUGCUGCUGCCAUGAUCCCGCAGAUAGUUCGGGAGCUCGUCGACUUCGAAGACGAUCCUACGAUGCCAGUGAUUACAUGGAGAUUUUUCUUUCUGUCUGGGACUUUGACUGCUCUUGGAGCAUGGCUCACACAAAUGGGCUUCUUCAGAACGACCUAUGUUCCGUAUUCUAUUUACUUCGUUCAAAUUGCCGCCCUUUAUUUUGGCCGUAUGCUCGCGUCCACACUUCCCCAGAAGCAAAUUGGUCUCGGCCAGUUUUCUUUCGAACUCAAUCCAGGACCGUUCUCGAUCAAGGAGCAUGUUGCUAUCGUUCUAUCUGCCAACACUGGAGCUAUGAACAACCUCGGAGAUUACGUGCUUGCUCCAUUGCAGAUAUUCUAUGAUAAACGCAAUCUUUGGUUCAAUCGUCGAUUUGACAUUCUUGACCCUCAGCUGUCGUGUGUCUUCGUCGGCUUCUCGUUCGCCUCAUUCGCACGAGUGUUUUUGGUGGAGAACCCUACCACUCCGUACGUUCGAUUAUCGCUUCAACAAGUCGCGGUAUUCAAUGCGAUGCGCCAAUCGAUAGAAGAAGAUGCAGUCGGUGCUCAAAAACAAAUGCGAGUCUUCUGGUGGUUCAUCCUCGGUUUCUUUCUUUGGCAAUUUCUCCCAGAGUACGCAUUUCCUUUCGUAUCAUCUCUCGCGUUCCUUUGCUGGUUCUCCGAAAACCCCAAAGCGCAAUUCCUGGGUUCAGGAUUAGGCGGUGCAGGAUUCCUGACGGUUACUCUCGAUUGGUCUAAUAUUGGAUCCCAAUGCGUUUACUACCCUUACUGGGCGCAAGUGAACAUUUUUGCAUCCUCUGUCAUAGCUGCUUGGAUCCUUAUUCCAGUCGCGUUCUUCACCAACGCCUGGGACUCUGCAAUCUAUCCGAUCCAGUCCCAGGCACUGUAUUUGAGGAACGGAUCCGUUUAUCCUACAGCCGACCUUAUAACCGCUAGCUACGGUCUCAACGAGACUUUAUUCGAAGAAAUCGGCCCCCCGUUGAUGUCAGCACAACUGCGCUGGAACUACUUCGCCGCCUAUGUCGCAUAUUUAGGGUCCUUUGUAUCCUGCGCUCUUUUCCAAGGCCCCAAUCUUUGGAGGACUUUCAAGACCUAUCGCCAAGCGAAGCCCACUUCCAACGAUAGAUUGACAGAAAUCAUCCGGCGGUAUCCGGCGGUUCCGAUAUGGUGGAACUUUGUUCUUUUCAUUGUACCUGUCAUUAUCUUGAUCAUCCUGGCCGCGAAGGGUGUUUUGUACAUGCCGAUCUACAUGCUUUUCAUUGGUCUUGCCAUUGGCGCCGUUAUAGUACUACCAAUGGCUUUUAUAUAUUCUGUCAGUGGCUAUCAGAUGCAAGUGGGCUACUUCAACGAGCUCUUUUACGGGUACGCGAUAAAUGCUGGUGGUUCGAGACAUCCUGUGGGGGCUUUGAGUUACCGUGUAAUCAGCGGACAAUGCUGGUACGAAGCACAAAGUAUGCUCGCUGACAUGAAACUUGGUCACUAUUUCCAUAUUCCUCCUCGUAAAGUUUUAUUGGCCCAGAUAUGGGGCAUUUGCGUCGGCGUUCCGGUCAAUUAUGCUACUAUCCUUUGGGUCUGCCAGACCAAGGGCGAUAUUCUCAAGGGUCUGGUUACUGAUCCCAAUCGACAAUGGACAGGUCAAACCGUCAUCUCGCUAAAUAAUCAGAGUAUUUCUUUUGCGCUUGUCGGGCCGAAGCGUCUUUUUGCCGACGCCAUUUACACACCCAUGCUUUAUGGAUUCUUGGUGGGCGCUGUCGCUCCAUGUAUCCUCUAUCUUCUUCACCGUAAAUGGCCUCGGGCUCGUUUUGAUUUAUGGAGCAUACCAGUGUUCUUUGACAACUUUGAAAAUUACUACGGUAAUAUAAGUGUAUAUUUUUUCACUCUUUUCAUGCUUGGCACGCUCAAUCAUCUCUGGGUCAAACGAUACUAUUACGCAUUCUGGAAGAAAUACGCUUAUUUGUGCAGCGCCGCUGCCGAUACGGGCUACAACUUCAAUCUACUCAUAAUUUUCGUCGCUUUCAGUGCUGCGAAGACAAUUCCAAUGGCAAAUUGGUGGGGUAAUAAUGCUCAAUCAGUUGAACGAUGUCGGUCGGACCUCCUGUAG